CCCUCCCGUUGGGUGCCCUGAGCUCGGCUCAGAGCUGGUCUUGUUGACCCGCUAGAGGGACCUGCCCAGCUGUGUUUGUGCUCAGCGCCACCUGCCCCUCGAGGGUCAUCUGCUGCGUCCUGGGCUCCGCAUGCUUCGUCCCCCCCCCAUCGUUGUUUAUAUCCUCCACCUGUUUCCAGAUGAUAUCCUGAGGCCGCUUGCAGAGAUGUACCUAGUAUCUCAGGACGAGGGGGAGAGGCAAGAAAUGGGGGCGUGGGCUGGCUGGGCCGGGGGCGGACACGAGCAGGACCCACCCUUUGUGCGAGGCCAGGGGCCGGGGCAGCUUCACACGGCAGGACAGUGGGACGCGCUUCCAGCCAGGCUGCCAGCCACCCCUGUGUCCGUGGAGCCCCUUUCAUUGUCAUUCUGCAACACCAUUGGGUCCCCUGCUUCUCGUCAGGCCCUUUCCUUGUGCUGGAGCAGCACAAGCCCUGGAGGACGGGCGCCUGUGGGGCCUGUGCUUGUCCCAAUGCAGACACUUCCUGGGCUGCCCACCGGGGCCCACUACCUGCCACCUCCCUGCACUGAGACAGCAGGUCACCCUCCCCGGGCCUGGCAGCAUCUCCCACCUUCCUCCGAGCCCCGCCCUCGGUGCUCACACAGCUGAGAAUGCAAUGCGUUCCUCCCUCCUUUCUCACCAGUCUCAGCCUGCAUCCGUGUUUGGUGACACGGUUGCCUGACCUUGCUGCUCCUUGCCCCUUUGGAGUCCCGGAAGUUGGCCAUGUCUGAGCGGGUCCCCUCUAGCCUGUUGUCGGUCUGGGGCUAGAGGGCAGAAGCAGAGCCUUGGGUGUCCUGCAGACCCGUGUGUCCAGCUCACGGCUCUUGCUGUCACACUCCAUGACCGAGUGGGGCCACGGGGGUGGCAGCAUUCAGAACGCUGCUCACACGCAGACUGCACCCUUUUCCCCAGUGAUGGUGGCUGCUCGGGGCCUGAGAAGGAGGGGCCUGGGACAGCUGGAUGCUGCCUGAGAGCCCACACGUGGUGGGGAGGAGAGGCCUGGUACUGGCCGCCACACCCCUUGGCCUGGCCUGGCCCUCGUCACCAGCCUUGCCUUCUUGGCCUGGGUUCCCUGUGCCAGACGAGCUUGUGUGCCUUCCAGUGGCCUUGAGGACGCUGGGGAGCCCUGGAUGAGGCUGUCGGAGCUUUCACUCACAAAGCCUCGAUUUUCUCUUAAGCUUUUUUCCCUUUUUUUUUCCUUUCCUUUUUGCCUUGCUGCAUGGCUUGUGGGAUCUUAGUUUCCUGACCAGGGAUUGAACCCGGGCCCUCAGCAGUGAAAGCACCGAGUCCUAACUACUGGACUGCCAGGGAGUUCCCCCCUUAAGCGUUUUUUGUUUUUUUUUCUUUUAAUAUUUAUUUGUUUAUUUUUGGCUGUGUUGGGUCUUCGUUUCUGUGCGAGGGCUUUCUCUAGUUGCGGUGAGUGGGGGCCACUCUUCAUCACGGUACGCGGGCCUCUCACUAUCGCGGCCUCUCUGGUUGCGGAGCAACAAGGCUCCAGACGCGCAGGCUCAGUAGUUGUGGCUCACGGGCCUAGUUGCUCCGCGGCAUGUGGGAUCCUCCCAGACCAGGGCUCGAACCUCUGUCCCCUGCAUUGGCAGGCAGAUUCUCAACCACUGUGCCACCAGGGAAGCCCCCACACACCCUUAAGCUUUUAAAUGGAGCCUACAGUCCUUUUUUUUUUUUUAAUAGAUUUUAUCUUUCAGAGCAAUUUUAGGUUCAUAACAAAAUUGAGUGGAACAUAGCAUGCAUUUUUUUUUAAAUUGAGGUAUAAUUGGUUUAUAGAGUUAUAUUAGUUUCAGGUGUACAACACAGUGAUUCAAAAUUUUUAUCAGUUAUGCUCUAUUUAAAGUUAUUAUAAAAUAUUGGCUCUACUUCUCUGUGCGGUGCAGUGUAUUCUUGUACUUUGUUAUAUACAGAGUAGCUUGUAUCUCUUAAUCCCACCCAUACCCCUGUCUUGCUCCCCGACUCCCCUCUACUGACUGUUAAUCACUACUUUGUUCUCUAUAUUUGAGUCUGUUUCUGUUUUAUUAUAUACGGUGGUUUGUUUCAUUUCUACGUUACACAUAUAAGCGAUAACGUAGAGUAUUUGUUUUUCUCUUUUGACUUAUUUCACUAAAUGUAACACUCUCCAGGUCCAUUCAUGUUUUUGCAAAUGGCAGAAUUGCAGUCUUUUUUAUGGCUGAGGGUGUGUGUUUGUGUACACCACAUCUUCUUUAUCCAUUUGUCUGUUCAUGGGCACUUGGGUUACUUCCAUAUCUUGGCUUUUGUGAAUAAUGCUGUGAACACUGGAGUGCAUGUAUCUUUUUGAAUUAGUGUUUUCAUUUUCUUUAGUUAAGUACCCAGGAGUGGAAGUGCUGGAUCAUAUGGUAGUUCUAUUUUUAGUUUCUUCAGGAACCUCCAUACUGCUCUCCGUGGCAGCUGCACCAAUUUACAGUCCCGCCAACAGUGCAAGAGAGCUCCCUUUUCUGCACGUCCUCGCCAACAUUUGUUAUUUGUGGUCCUUUUUUUUUUUUUGCGGUACGCGGGCCUCUCACUGUUGUGGCCUCUCCCGCUGCGGAGCACAGGCUUCGGACACGCAGGCUCAGCUGCCAUGGCUCACGGGCCUAGCUGCUCUGUGGCAUGUGGGACCUUCCUGGACCGGGGCACAAACCCGUGUCCCCUGCAUCGGCAGGCGGACCCUCAACCACUGCGCCACCAGGGAAGCCCUAUUUGUGGCCUUUUUGACGAAAACCAUUCAGACAGGUGUGAUGUGUUGUCUCAUUGUGGUUUUGAUUUGCAUUUCUCUGAUGAUUAGCAAUGUUGAACAUCUUUUCAUGUGCCUUUUGGCCAUCUGUAUGUCUUCUUUGGAAAAAUGUCUGCGGUCUUUUGCCCAUGUUUUAAUCACUUUUUUUGAUAUUGAGUUGUAUGAGCUGUUGAUAUAUUUUGGAUGUUGCUCCCUUGUUGGUCAUGUAGUUUGCAAAUAUUUUCUUCCAUUCAGGAAGUCUUUUCGUUUUGUCAGUGUUUCCUUUGCUGUGCAAAAGUUAAGAUUUAAAGUUUAAUUAGGUCCCAUUUGUUUAUUUUUGCUUUUAUUUCCUUUGCUUUGAGAGACAGAUCCCCAAAAAUAUUGCUGUGACUUAUGUCAAAGAGUGUUUUGUUAUUGUUUUCUUUUAGGAGUUUUAUAGUUUCCAGUCUUACGUUUAGGUCUUUAAUCCAUUUUGAGUUUAUUGUUGUAUAUAGUGUGAGAAAGUAUCCUAAUUUCAUUCUUUUACGUGAAGCUGUCCAGCUUUCCCAGCACCACUUAUUGGAGAGACUGUCUUUCUUCAAUUGUAUAUUCUUGCCUCCUCUGUUGUAGAUUAAUUGACCAUGUAAGUGUAGGUUUAUUUCUGGGCUCUCUUUUGUGUUUCAUUUUUCUGUGUGUAUGUUUUUGAGCCAGUAUUGUACUGUUUUGAUUACGGUAGCUUUGUAGCAUAGUCUGAAGUCAGGGAGGGUGAUACCUCCAGCUCAGUUCUUUCUUGGGAUUGCCUUGUCUGAGCCUACAAUCCUUGAUUAUGUUAAUUCUUUAUAUCAGGUUCUGUUUCAGGGAGUUCCCUGGUGGUCCACUGGUUAAGACUCCACAUUUCCAGUGCAGGGGGUCAGGUUCAAUCCCUAGUCAGGGAUCUAAGAUCCCACAUGCCGUGUGGUGUGGCCAAAAAAAAAAUUGUUUCAAUUUUAGUAGUGUUUUGUUUGUUUGUUUUUGCAGUACGCGGGCCUCUCACUGUUGUGGCCUCUCCCGUUGCGGAGCACAGGCUCCAGACGCACAGGCUUAGCGGCCAUGGCUCACAGGCCCAGCCGCUCCACGGCAUGUGGGAUCUUCCUGGACUGGGGCACAAACCUGUGUCCCCUGCAUCAGCAGGCGGACUCUCAACCACUGCGCCACCAGGGAAGCCCCAAUUUUAGUAGUUUUAACAGUGACUUGGGGAUUUUUGCAACUUCUGCAAAAAUAUUUUUUGUUGUAAAGUAUAUUUAUGAACUUAUUUGUUUUUUUAUGUGCUUGAAUUUAACAGAUAAAACAAGUACAUAAAAAUUGUGAUAGACCUAAAACAUUAAAACUGAUAAAAAAUAUAGUGAUUCGUAUGCUUCUGAAUAUCCUCACUGCUAAUAUUUGCCCUUAGCUAAAUUUUCUUACAGUUAAGUCUUUCAACUAAAGUCACAAGUCUACAAGUCUAAGAUCACUGUUACUCAUUUUUCUUUAAUAAUGGGAGCUGCAACUGAAAUUUUUUUUAAUAUAAAUUUAUUUAUUUGUUUAUUUUUGGCUGUGUUGGGUCUUGGUUGCUGUGCGUGGAUUUUCUCUAGUUGCGGCGAGUGGGGGCUACUCUUCGUUGCGGUGCGCGGGCUUCUCAUUGCGGUGGCUUCUCUUGUUGCGGAGCACGGGCUCUAGAGCACAGGCUUCAGUAGUUGUGGCUCGCGGGCUCUAGGGCGCAGGCUCAGCAGUUGUGGCGCACGGGCUUAGUUGCUCUGCAGCAUGUGGGAUCUUCCCAGACCAGGGCUCGAACCUGUGUCCCCUGCAUUGGCAGGCGGAUUCUUAACCACUGUGCCACCUGGGAAGCCCUGUUACUCAUUUUUAAAUGAGUAACUCACAAGCCUGUCCAUAGAUACAUGAAUAUGCCAGGUUCUUUCACUGUUAUAUGAAGCAAGGUACAGAUUAUUUGUGGGGGGUUUUGCCUUGGUUUUGUUUUUGGCCGUGCUUCGUGGCUUUUGGGAUCUUAGUUCCCCGACCAGGGAUUGAACCCGGACCCUGGCAGUGAAAUUGCCAAGUCCUAACCACUGGACCUCCAUGGAGUUCCCCCAUUUGUGUUUUAUGUAGCGGUAUUUAUUCUCGAGGGAGGACCUCUCUGUGCCGCAUGGCUGUGGCUCUCCCAGUGGGAGGAGGUCAUCCUUGUGCUCAAGUGAGCGCUGCAGGCCGGUCCUACUGGGCGAUCAUGGGGCUGUUCUGGGUUUCAAAGCCGAGUCCAGCCUGGGCUCGGGUGUUCAGUGUGGGCUCGGUGCUGGUUUCCACCUGGCCUGGCUCGGCGCCAUCUCGGACACUGGGAUGGAGUUUGGAGGGUUCCGGCACCGGCGGCCCACGCCAGCGGUGGCUCCUCCAGCAGCUGAAGAGCAGACGCUGUUGGGUGGCGCUGCCGUGCGGGGUGUUAGUUCCUCGGAGACUGGCCUCCCAGGAUGGUGGCUGCCACCCCGCCGCCGUCAGGGUCCAGCUGCCGCUCUCUUAGCUCUGUCCCUCCAGAUGGUACGUCCCCUGGGGAGAGUUCGGCGGCCGUCAGGGUCCCCUUGGAGGGCAGAGAUGCCCAGAAGCCUGCGGUGGGGGUCCGUCCACCCAGAAUGCCGGUGGGAGAGUGAGAAGACAGGUGUCUGCAGCUCCAAGCGCGCAGGCCCUCUGAGCAGGCGGACUCCCCCUUGGCCUCGGGUGGGGGCAUCCAAGUCAGUCCUGGCAGAGCUCACGGUCGGGGAGGGGGCGCUGUGUCGGUCAGGGCCCCGCCCUCAUGACUUCACUUAACCUUCAUCACCCCCACAGGCCGUCUCCAGGUGCCGUCACGUUGCGGGGUUAGGGCUUCCACACGUGGAUUGGGGGGCCACGAGAUCACAGCAGGGUGUGUUGUCAGGAGACCUGUCAUAGGGCUCGCUUGGCUGGGACAGUGAGGCUGGGGACACCGUCUCGUUUCCUAGGUACCACAUGGAGUGUUUGGACCCCCCUCUCCAGGAGGUGCCAGUGGACGAGUGGUUCUGUCCGGAAUGUGCUGCCGCCGGGGCCGCCCCUGCUGCGGGUCCCGUGAGCGAGGAGGAGGUUUCCCUGCUCUUGGCCGACGUAGUGCCCACCACCAGCCGGCUUCAGCCACACGCAGGGAGGACCCGGGCCAUCGCCAGGACACGGCAGAGCGAGAGGGUCCGAGCGACGGUGAACCGGAACCGGAUCUCCACAGCCAGGAGGAUCCAGCACGUCCCGAGGUACCUCAUGUCUCCUCUGCUGGACGAGACCAUCGAAGCUGUGGCCGCUGGUCUGAGCACAGCUGUGUACCAGCACCCCGGGCCGCGAGCCCCUGCCCGUCGGAGGAGGAAAGCAGGAAGACGGAGGAAAGUGUCGGGAAGAAAGAAAACCCAGUCCAGAUCAUCUGUGAAGAGCAGGAGCUCGGGGACGAGGUCCAGGAAACGCCAGGGCCGCGUGAAGAAGAGUAAAGGGAAGAAGAUAAAGAACGAAGCCACCGCUCGUUCCCGCAUCGCACGGACGCUGGGCCUCCGCAGGCCAGCCCAUGGAGCCUGCAUCCCCUCGGUGUACAAGCCUGCAGACCCCUCUCUGGGGCUGAUGCGUGCAGACAUCGGGGCAGCCUCUCUCUCCCUGUUUGGAGACCCUUAUGAGCUGGACCCCUUCGACAGCAGUGAAGAGGCAUCUCCGAGCCCUGCUUCCCCUCUGAGCAUCAAGAGGAGGAUCCUGUCCCGGUCAGCCCUGCGGUCGCACCAGCCUGUGGCCAGGCCCGUCUCCAUGGGGCUCUCCAGGAGGAGCGCUCCCGCCAUGGCGCCCCAGCCGGAAGUGGAUGCAGACCCCGGCCCUGACCUGCUGGGAAGCAUCCUGUCGGGCCAGAGCUUCCUGAUGAUGAACGGCGCCGACAUCGUCAUCCACCGCGAUGGCUCCCUCAGCGCCAAGAGGGCAGCGCCAGUUUCUUUUCAGCGAAACUCAGUUGGUCCAUCCAGAGGGGCAGAAGGCGCCGGGUCUGGGGCCUGCCUGCAGCCCAGAGAGACUCAGUCAGGAAGCGGGCCAGAGAGCUUGGGGUCCAGCUGUCCAGGCAGGGCUACCCCAGGCACACCCCCGGCCCCGCCCACCCCCGCCCAUGUCCCUGCGCUCACGUUGGGGGCAGCUGUGAGACUGGACUCCUUGGUGACCCUUCAGUCAGGCCAGGCUCAGACCUUGUCCAGCGUGAGCGGACCCAGCUUAAAACAAAGUGACGGCCCCCGAUUUAACGGCGACAGCAAGCACCCUCCGCCUCUUAGGUCUGCGGCAUUGAAGACCUCGAAUGGUAGCUCUAACUCGCCUUCCGAGAGCACGGUGCUGGGACAGGCCCCGAGACCAGCUCCCAGGAGGACGGACAUCUCCGAGCUCCCCAGGAUACCAAAGAUCAGGAGAGACGACAGGCGGGUGGGCGAGGUCCCUGCCGGCGGGCAGAGAGUCGAGAUUCCCAGCUCCUGCAUCAGCCGGCUGACGGGCAGGGAGGGCCCCGGGCAGCCUGGCUGUGGCGCCAGGGCGGAGGGUGAGCCCAGCAGCAGGGGCGCUCAGGAGCCCAGCACGCGCUCGGGGGGCGGCCCCCAGCCCCCUGCCCCGCUGGGCCCCUCCCGGGGGAAGGGUGUCGGCUCCACCUUUGAGAGCUUCAGGAUCAACAUUCCUGGGAACACAGCCCAUUCCGGCAGAGUCCUCAGCCCCGGCUUCUGCAACACGUUCCGGCCUGUGGACAGCAAGGUGCAGAGAAGAGAGAGCCCUGUGCCCCUCUUCUCCGUCAGGAAGACGAAGCAGCUCAAGAGCGAGAUCUAUGACCCCUUCAACCCCACGGGCUCUGACUCCAGCUCGGCCAGCAGCAGCCCCGAGCACCCGGGCUCUGGCCUCCUGCCCUCUGAGAUCACGCGCACCAUCUCCAUUGACAGCCCCAAGGCCCCCGUGCUGCCGCCCGUGCGCUGCGUCACCUCCUACACGGUGCAGACCGGGAUGGGGAAGGAGCCCGAGCCCCCCCAGGGGCCCUGCAGCCUGCCCGAGCUCCAGGGCGAGGAGGAGCCCGUGGCACAAGCACAGAGGCCGUCCCCACCAGAGCCCUGGGGGGACGAGGACCCACCACCCCGCAUCUCCUUUGGCUCAGAGGGGCGGACGGUGACUUGUGUGACUGCGGUGGAGCCGGACGCCCCACCCAGUCCGGACGCCCUGCCCGCGACCACCCACAGGGUCGUGGAGCUGCGGUCCCCCACCCGUUCCCGCUCCAGGUCCAGCUCCCGCGGUGGGAAGAAAGCCCAGAGGCCGAGGGUCGCCACCAGGGAGCACCGAAGGGCCCGCUCAGGGUCCCGCUCGUCGCACUCGGGGGACAGGAGCUCGCGGUCUGCGUCGCCACCGGCAGGUGAGGACCAGGCCAAGAGGCACCGGCCCAAGGCCCGGGAUCGGAGGUCUUCCAGCGACCGCUCCAGCAGCCGCGAGCGCACCAAGCGGAGGAAGGCCAAGGACAAGAGCAGGGAGAGAAGGAGGGGCUCCUGGGGCCGAGGCCGGCGGAGGUCCCGCUCCCGCUCCGGCAGCCCCGGCAGCUCCUCCCACGAGCAUCGCGAGGGCAGGAGGAAGAAGAGGCGGAGGUCGGGGUCCCGGUCUCGGGGGAGGGAGUGCUCACCCCACAGCAGCCUGGAGAGAGCCCGGAGGCCCAGGCACCCCUGGGAGAGGAGGGAGCGGCCCGACAGGGAGAGUGCCGCGCGGCUCCGAGACAGGCGAGGCUCCUGGGAGAGGAGGCGGCGUAGGUCCAGGUCACCCAGCCCCGAGCACAGGCCCCGGGAGCACCGGCGGCCUCGGUCCCGUGAGAAGCGCCCACGGCCCCGCCCCCCGGAGAGGAAGUUGGCUCCGAAAGAGGCUUCUCCGGCACCCCUUCCCCAGGGGGAGCCCAGGCCGGACAGGGAGCCCCCGGCCAGGCCCCUGGCCUUGGCAGGAACAGACGCCUUGCUGGAGGGGUCCGAGGCCGACAAGCCCCCCACAAAGGUCCCCCCAGUCCUGGAGGUGCCAGCCGAGUACCCCCUUGAGGAUCUGGAUUACGGUGACUCCGUGGAGGCGGGGCACCUCUUCGAGGACUUUUCGAACGAAGCCAUCUUCAUGCAGCUUGAUGACAUGAGCUCCCCGCCCUCCCCGGAGAGCACGGACUCCUCCCCAGAGCGAGGCCUCUUGCCCAAGCCCACUGGGCCCCCGGCUGGCCAGCAGCAUGACGCUGGCCUGGCCGUGGCCAUCAUCCGCAGGGAGGUGUCUCGGAUCCACGGUGAAGAUGUGGCGCAGCCCCUGCCCAGGAUGGAGGGCCCUCGAGAGGAGCACUUGCUCCAGCAGGACGCGGCCGAGGCAGCCACAGCUCCCUGCGCUCUGGGAGGCCAAGCCAUGGGCGGGGCGCCUGCGGGGAAGGAGGAGGGUCCCUCUCAGAACCCCCUGCUGCGGGUUAAGGCGCUGGUGAAGAGAGUCACCUGGGACCUCCAGGAGGUGGAGAGCGGUGCCCCGGCUGAGGACAGAGGCCUGCGGACGCCGCUUCACAGGCCGCAGAAGCCCCGGGAAACCGAGGACGCGGGCCCCGUGGCUGCGUUCCAGCAGGCUCCCUUCUCUGAGCCCCCUCCCCCUGGUUAUGUGCUUCCAGAGCCUGGCUUUCCUGAUGCUGACCCUUCUCAGGUACAGAGCCUGAACCUGCCCCCCACCCCGGCUCUGCCUUCGAGUGUCCCACCAUACGCACCUGUCAGCCAGCCCGCGGUCCAGUUCCUCUUGCAGGGGAGCCUGCCCCUGAUGGGCUGCGGGGUGGCCCAGAGCCCGGCCCCGGUGCCCACCGUCCUGACUGCAGCCUCAGAGCCGGCUGGUCAUGCUGCCACUGUGACCACCGCCGCUGCCAACAGCUCCGAGGAGAGAACAGCUGCUCCCAGGCCAGCCUCGGAGAAGACCAAGAACGAGGAGUACAUGAAGAAGCUGCACGUGCAGGAGCGGGCUGUGGAGGAGGUGAAGCUGGCCAUCAAGCCCUUCUACCAGAAGAGGGAGGUGACAAAGGACGAGUACAAGGACAUUCUGCGCAAGGCCGUGCAGAAGAUCUGCCACAGCAAGAGUGGGGAGAUCAACCCCGUGAAGGUGGGCAACCUGGUGAAGGCCUACGUGGACAAGUACAGGCAUAUGCGCAGACACCGGCGGGCCGAGGCCGGUGAGGAGCCGCCUGCCCAGGGUGCCGAGGGCUGAGGCUUGCCCGGGGCCCUUCUGGCUGGAGUAGCCGAAGCAGAAAACUCCGGGCCACUUGCCCUCCCGUUUCCAGGGUUCCUGUGAUCGCACGUGGUCUGUGCACCUGUCUUGCUCACAGUUUAAAACUGGACUUUUAUAUGUAUAUUAUAGACACACACUGUUCCCAUUGUGUUCUAAUUUAUCAAAAACGGAUUAUCUUUAGAAAUGUC